AAACAACAGAUUCAACAUUCGUGACGAGGCUGACGACGUGGCCGAGUUCUUGUUGGUUUUGAUAGCCGACAACAAGACGCCACCCGAAAUCGUGGCCGAGGUUAAGGAGCUUGUGGAAGCUCCAAUCGACGAAGUGUUUAUCAAUAUGCUAUUCGGCGAGAUCAAGAACGUAUCUGAAAGGCUUCAUAAUGAGCAGCAGCAACAACAGCAACAACAACAGCAGCAGCAACAACAGCAGCAGCAACAACAACAACAAGUUCAACCUCCACCGGUGGUACAAGUACCAAUUCAAGCACCUCAAGCACCAGCUCAACCACAAAACCCCUCAACCACAAAACCCAUUUCAAGCCGCUCAACCACCCGUCCAAUCACACCCGUUUCAACAACAAAACAACUCGUCUUCGUUAGACUUGGACGACUCCAUGGAGCAGGAGCGCGUUGACUUCAGAAACUUACCCAACAGACCCAACAGCAAGUUUAGACAAGGAAUCAAGACUAGAGGUGGUGGUGUUGGAAAGCAAAGAAGUAACAAUAACCUUGGGCCUAAGGCAUUUGGUGCCAACGCUGCCAACCUCGAAAGAGCCAUGAAUGCUGGUGGUGAAAACAUGAAGUUUGUGGCCAGAGCUCCAAAGGGCCGUUGUGACAAGUUCCCCAAUUGUAAAGACAGAGAGUGCAGAUUCUCGCACCCUACCAAGGUGUGCAAUGCGUGGCCCGCAUGCCCCAAUCCUCCAGGUACUUGUAACUUUUUACAUCCCAAUGAAGAUCAAGAGUUGAUGGCCAAGUUGGAAGUUAGCAAACAAGAGUAUCUCAACAAACGGAAGAGAAACAGAGUGCCAGAAAUGAUUGUCAGCGGUAUCACUCUUUGCAAGUACGGAGCCCUAUGUUCCAAAGAACUUUGUCCAUUUGGACAUCCAACUCCAGCCAGUAUCGAAGCCAAAGUGAUCGAUAUUGUUUGGUGCGAGGAUGGUAAAGGUUGUAAGAACCAGAGCUGCAGAAAGGCCCACCCUUCCCCUGGCUACUUAUCUGCCAGUGUUGAAGGAGGAAACAAGGGAGGCAACAACUCGUCUUUCAGACCUCAAAGAAGUACUGGAGGAGCACAAAAGUCGUUGGAACAGUGCAGAUUUGGAAUGGGAUGCACCAACUACAAUUGUCCAAGAAGACAUGCGACGUCCGGGGUUCCGUGCAGAGAAGGAGCUGGCUGUCAAAGAAUCGACUGUACUUUUGCUCAUCCAUUUCUUGAUGAUUGCAAAUUUGGAGUUAAGUGCACCAACGCUCUUUGUAUGUUCCAGCACCCAGAGGGCAGAAGUCUUCCUCCAAAUAAGUGGGUGAAAAAAGACCAAACUCAAAGUCUGGAUACCAAUAGUAUUGGGACCGAUGAAAGAAUGUUUGCGGUUUCCGAAGAUCAAGUGAUGGAAAGAGCCGAACAAUCCUCUGUUGUCUGAGGAGUUAUUAGUAUAUUGUAUAUUAGAAACAAAAAAAAAAGAAAACAACAAAAACAAAAAACAAAAACCAAAAGACCCAAAAAGCAUUUAAAAAGACCAUAUGCAACUAGAGAGAUCAGCGACCGGUUAUGCACUAUAGAUAGUAAGCAUGCAAUACCAGAGAGUACCGCAGCUGAAACCAACCAUUGUUCAUUGAUGCAUAAAUGAUACGAUUCCACCAAGAAUGGACACUGGCAUAUACGGACUCAGAAACAAACAAAACUUUACGAACCAGUCCACGGACAUGUCGUCCGAGUACGGAUUCAAUAGAUUAUGAAUAAUGACCUGCUACGAUUUAUU